AUGACCGUUGUCACUGCCCAGAACAUCUUCCGCGCCGGCGCUGCUCUUGCCGCCACUGGCAUCUCCUUCGGCGCGUUCGGUGCCCAUGCCCUCCGCAGCCGUUUCGACCUCCCCGAGUCGUCGCACCAGUCGUGGAUGACCGGCAGCAACUACCUCAUCUACAACGGUCUUGCGCUGCUCGCGCUCAGCGCACACCCGUCGGUCGCCCUCGGCCUGAAGCGCUACAAGACGGCAGCGGGUCUGAUCGUCGGCGGCGUCCUCGUCUUCUCGGGAAGCAUCUUCGGCCUCGUCCUUGCCCGUGACAAGGUCGGCAAGGUCCUGGGUCCCAUCACGCCCAUGGGUGGCUUCGCGAUGAUUGCUGGCUACAUCGCGCUUGCGCUUCCUUAA